AUGGCCUAUGAUCAGGGAUAUUACCAACCACCACAGCGGCCCUACAACGGAAGAGCAGCCCAGCCUCCAGGGCCUUCGCAGGCCUAUAAUCAACCGCCACCUCCGCAACAGUAUCCUCCCCAGCAAUAUGAUCAAUACCCGCAAGACGGUUAUGGGUACGACGACUACAACAACGGCUAUGCCCAAGGAUAUGAUGGAGGAUAUCAGGAUAUGAAUGGAGGAGGCCGAGGGAAUGGCUAUCCACCCGCAAACCAAAGUUAUCCCCCGCACCAGGAAUACUAUGGGAAUGGUAGAGGAGGGGGGGUUCCUGGUCCUGGUAGGGGCGCAUCGAGAGGCGCGCCUGGACCAAGAGCUCCGCCACCCGAUACAGCAAGAGGGGGAUAUGAUGGUGGGCCGCAAAGACCUGCUGAUAGAGGAAGAGGAGGCUUCGAUAUCGGACAGGGAAGAGGCUAUCCAACUGGUGGUCCUGCCGGCAGAGGAGGUAGACCUGGCCCGCUGGAAAGGGCAGCUGGAUCAGAUCCCGGACCGAAAGGCCAACCUCGAAGACCCUUAAAGACACCACCUAUGUCGCCGGAUCAAGCCGCGUGGGACAAUCCAUUCCCGACGUUCCCCGGCGGGCAAAAGAAGACUUCAAUCUCCGAAGAACAGAAAAUUAUAGAGCAGAUGGCUAACAUGGAAGUUGGGGCCAAUCCACAAAGUCGGUCGCGAACGAAACCCGACAAGGGUAACCAAGAUCGGUACCAAAAUGGGCAACGUGGAGUACCUACUGAUGAUUAUGGGCGCCCUAUGGACAAUCAAAGAAAACCUGCACCCCCCAACGACUAUGGACGACCGAGUGGCGAGAGCCAAAGGAGAGGACCGCCUGACGAUUAUGGUCGGUCAUCGGCGGAAAGCCAAAGAAGCAUGCCACCUAGAGGUUAUCCCCAACAAGGCCCGCCUCAGCCAGGAUACCAAGAUCCACGACGAGGACCCCCUGGCCCAUCUUAUGCUCCCCCUCCAGGCAACGGCUACGCAGAGCCUGGCUAUAAUGAUAGAGGGGCCUAUGGUCCUGGACCAACACCACAAGCACGGGAGGAUUUUGGUCCUCCUGGAAGAAGUAUGACAAUGCCUACCGAAAACCCUGUGCCGAUGGGUCGUCAGCCACCGAAUCCCAUACCCGUGGGCGGUCCAGCCCAAAGUGCCCCUUAUAAUGGCCCUAUCGGUCGUGGGGGACCACCAAGACCAUCAACAGCCACAGGGGCACGACCUCCACAGCAAAGAGCAUAUCAGAAUCAACCCCCGCAGCACGAUUCAUACCCAGCCGACGGGGUACAACCCUCGGGGCAAGGUAACUCAGGACAUCGACCAAAUGAGAGCAUCGAUGAUUUCUUCGAUGCGUAUUACGAUGAGGCACCAGCUGGUAGUGCUUCCCGUAACGGCAGGCCUCUGUCGGCUGGCUCUGAGAUGCCAAAUUUUGAUGCUUUGCCUUCGAAACCUGUACCUUACAGGAGAGGAAACUCGAUAGAUGAACAUAUCCAGCCUCCGGUAGGCCCCCAGAAUAAUUACUCGCAGCAACUGAAACCUGUCAAGUCACAGCCUGACUUCCGAGGUCGAGCUCAGCCUCAAGCAGCUGUGUUCGAGAUGGCUACAGCACCUCCUCUGCCAAAUGCAACGCCCCAGCAAGGCUAUGCUAAUGGCUAUGGACCACCGAAUCCUGGGUACCAAGAUCCACCACAACAAGGAUACGGCCAAUACAACGAACAACCACCCCAAAAUGGGUAUCAACCGCCUCCACGAAGUGCUUCUGCUGCCCCAAGGACAGGUCCCGGUUAUGGAGGUGGUCUCCCGGGUGGACCAAGGCCCGGUCUUGCUGGACUUCCGAAAGGCCCGUCUCCCCAGAAUGGCGGGCCAAUUCGUGCCAAUACAAUGCCUCGACCUUCUCCCCAAGGCUCUGACGCCCUACCCUCUCACCCGCCACCCGUCCGUGCUGGCCUAAUUCCUAACUCUGUUGCUAAUCUCGCCGCCAACAAGCCUCCACCCGUUCGUAAUUACAAUAAUAUAUCUCCUGCGCCUCAACAACCUAUUCCCGCGCAACCUACACCCCAACAAGCUGUGGCUCCACAAGCAGGGCCUGCACCAGCGGCGCCAGUCACGGCUGCAGAACUUGAGCAGCUCAGGAACAUUACCAAAACCAAUCCUACCGAUCAAGCCACCCAACUGCUCCUAGCCCGGAAAUUAGUUGAAGCGUCAGAAACUCUUGUUCAGAGCAUUCCUGAUCAACGAAGCCGCAAUAAGACCCGCGAGAAAUAUGUGAUGGACGCACACAAGCUCCUCAAAAAACUUGUCCAAGGCCAGAACGUGGAAGCUAUGUUCUUUCUCGCCGAUUGCCACGGGAGGGGUGCAUUAGGCCUUGAAGCCGAUAACAAAGAAGCUUUUACUCUCUAUCAAUCAGCAGCUAAAGCAGGGCAUGCUGCUGCUGCGUACCGAACGGCGGUCUGCUGUGAGCUUGGCAAUGAUGAGGGAGGGGGAACGAGGAAAGAUCCGCUGAAAGCUAUACAAUGGUAUAAGCGCGCUGCUAUGCUUGGAGAUACACCGGCCAUGUACAAGGUGGGUAUGAUCCUACUCAAAGGCUUGUUAGGCCAGCCUAGGAACCCACGUGAGGCGGUGGGCUGGUUAAAGCGAGCAGCUGAGCGGGCAGACGCGGAGAAUCCGCACGCCCUCCACGAGUUGGGUUUAUUAUUCGAACAACCACAAAGCGCUGAAAGCUCGAUCCUCCGCGAUGAGGCAUACUCCUUCCAGCUCUUCCAGCAAGCCGCCGACCUUGGUUAUAAAUUCUCCCAAUUCCGAUUAGGUUGUGCUCAUGAAUACGGGCUCUUCAACUGCCCUAUUGAUGCGAGACAGAGCAUCAUGUGGUACUCGCGAGCAGCAGCGCAGGAAGAGCAUCAAAGUGAGCUUGCGCUGUCGGGUUGGUACUUGACUGGCAGUGAGGGUGUGCUGCAGCAGAGCGAUACCGAGGCUUAUCUUUGGGCCCGUAAGGCUGCUAUGGCGGGUUUGGCGAAGGCGGAAUAUGCUAUGGGUUAUUUUACGGAGGUGGGGAUUGGGUCGCCGGCUAACUUGGAAGAUGCUAAAAGGUGGUAUUGGAGGGCUGCUGGUAUGAUUCUCCUUUUUGGUUCUCUCCUCUGCCCUGUCUCGACUCUGGGAUAUAAUGCGUCUCAGCCUUUAAUCUCUACGUAUUUCGACGUGCUAACUCAAUUCCUAGCACAAAAUUUCCCCAAAGCUCGCGAGCGUCUCGAAGAUCUUAAGAGAGGUGGUGCUCAAGGCGCCCUUAAAUCGCGUGAACGCAUCUCUAGAUCCAAAGUGGGCAAGCAGAAUGAGGGCGAGUGUUCCGUUAUGUGA